GAGCGCUUGCACCUCCCUGGAGGGGACUGGAAGACUCGGAGGCCAGCAGGGGACGAGUUCGGAGAAGCGCUUAGCAAUACCCUGAGCCUGCAAGAGCAGCUACGUAAGCUCCAGGAAGAGCUUUAUCACCUGCGGUGGAGCGUAAAGGAUGUCGCCGAGCGAGCUCUCCACGAAGCCUUGAAGCAGGCUAAGCUCCCAGGCUUUACCGGAUGGGCUGUUCAAGAGAUAAUCAAUCAAGUCUUGAAGAAGCUGGAAGAAAACCAAGUCCCCAUGCCUGACUAUGCCCUCAAAUCAUCAGGGGCUGCUGUCGUUCAUUCAAGGACUUCGCCGUCCUUCAGGACUACCAAAGGAAAAGUCUUUUUCUAUUCCCUGCCGGUGCUGGAUCACAUGAGGUCUCCUGAGCUUAUUCUUGAGCCUGAAAAUCAUCCGGGAAACUGCUGGCCCUUCCCAGGAAGUCAGGGACACGUCUUCGUCAAGCUGUCUGAGCCAAUCAUUCCCAGGGCAGUCACCAUGGACCACGUUUCAGGGACAGCGUUCCAUGGAGACAGUAUCUCCAGGGCCCCAAAGGACUUUGCUGUCUACGGCCUGAAGGAAGAACAUGAGGAGCAGGGAACGUUCCUGGGACAGUUCACUUUCCAGGCGGUGCUGAAUCCCAGGCAGACCUUCCAGCUGAAGAAGGAGCUCUCUGGUUUUGCGAAUUACGUAAGGCUGCAAGUGCUGAGCAACUGGGGCCACCCGGCCUACACCUGCCUCUAUCGAUUCAGGGUGCACG